AUGUCGGACGACUCGAACUACGUCCAGGCAAUCUUUCUGGCUUACCCCAGGCUAUGUGGCGUAAUCACGCACGGGGAUGAUGCCCUCACCUGUAUCAGUUACCUGGCGAUUGCCGUGUUGCGGGUAUACAGUAUCUGGGGAAGGGACUGGAAACUGCUCCUGCUUGCUGUACCCGUCUGUUUCUACAGCGCCUUUACGCUUAUAGUGUACGUGCCUUCUUCCCCCUCAACACCAGUCAAAAACCAUAACCCUGUAACAGUGUCUACUUCAGCAAGAUCGGCUUCGAUAUUCUCAGCAGGCGUUAUCACGCUGUUGACGUGGAUCAGGACGUUCGCCAUCGUCAGGCACACUUGGAAGGCGGGCACCCCGAUGCCUUUGGCAACCCUUCUUUUGCGUGACGGCACAGUUUACUUCUUGCUUAUUCUCGCUUUCCAGAUAAUCCAGCUGAGUACAUCCGUGUUUGGCGACGGCACGCUAUCAGUAUGGCCGUACUUCAACCAGGUGCUGCUUGUGAUCGUCCACUCUCGCUUCAUGAUCGGCUUGCGCGGACUGUACUUUGCGGACAGAGGGGCAGCGGAGAGCGAGCCAACGGCGCACUGGUCCAGCAUCAAUUUUCAUAGCGUCUCUGCCAGCGUCGUAGGCAACCUCGGCGCGACGCUCGAUCUAGCCACGGUAUCAGACGACAGACAACGGAACUCCCUCACGACGCCGCAGGAUGCCGUGAACGGACACAUAGACUCAGGAUCGGACUGGGAAGACGAAGCCCCAGAGUACUGCAACGACCCCUUCACAACUGGUAUGAAGGACACGGAGAGCUGCGAGGGCGCGGCGGAGGCCACGCAGGAUCCGGAGACGAAGACAGUCUAG